GCUCGCCCCGCCCCCUCCUCCUCCCCGCGCGCGCUAACGCUAACACGGCGCAGAGCCCGAGCGGCCUGCGGCUCGAGACAGAGGAGGCCGCGCGCGCGACCACGGCGACCACCAACACGAGCACGCGGGUUACGGAGGCCAAUGAAGAGUCAGGACGAUGGAUGAAGAUGUGGCUAGACUCACCCUCCGUUCCCAAGAGCCCAAGAUCAUCCUCCACGGGUCAGAUGACGGGGGGCUGUGUGGGGAGGAGUACGUGGUGGAGCUGCAGGAGACGGUGCUGGUGUCAGAGGGGGACGGGGAUGGAGACGGGGACGGAGACGCCGUGAGGGGAUUCUCCUCGGAUGAACUGGUGAUUCAGGAUGCCGUGGAGGACGUGGUCGCCGAGGACGAUGAGGGCGUGGCCGUGGAGACCUGUGUGAUGUCACUGGAGGGGGAGGAUGAGGAUGAAGAGGGCGUGGCCAUGGCGGAGAUGACGGAGGACGUGCUGGUGGAGGACAGGGAGCACGACUCCGACACCUGCGGAGAUUACCUGAUGAUUUCCUUGGACGAGGCGGGUAAGAUGGUGUCGGCGGACGGGGAGGAGGUGACGGUGGAGGGGGCGAUUGGAGAUCAGGAGGUGGAGAAAGACGAGGACGGACAGGAAGUCAUCAAAGUUUACAUCUUCAAAGCCGAUUCCGGAGAGGACGACCUCGGUGAGCCGGUGGAUAUAGGUGAGGGUGAUUCUGAAACUCUGGCGUUGACGGACUCGGUUGGACGUCCCCUGAGAGAGAAGAUGGUCUACAUGUCCGUGGGAGACAGUCAUCACACCCAGAGCGACGGAAGUUCUAAGCUCUCGGAUGAGGUGUAUAUGGAAGUGGUGGUCGGUGGAGAGGAACCGGUUCCUCAUGACCGGCCGUACGACAACAACUCGCUCAGCAAGGACUUCAUGCCUGUUGCCUGGGCUGCAGCUUACGGAGCUGAUGACCACGAGGGCUGUGAGAACAGGAACGGUGCAGCGAGUGCUUUACUGCACAUCGACGAGUCCGACGCUCUGGACAAAUUGAACCGACAACACGGAAAGAACCGGAGACGAGCCGAACCCCGACAGGUGCAGACAGCAAUUAUUAUCGGGCCGUACGGUCAGCCGCUGACCGUGUACCCCUGCAUGCUCUGCGGCAAGAAGUUCAAAUCGCGAGGUUUCCUGAAGCGCCACACGCGGAACCACCACCAGGACGUCCUGAGCCGCAAGAAGUACCAGUGCACCGACUGCGACUUCACCACCAACAAGAAGGCCAGCCUCCACAACCACAUGGAGGUCCACGCCCUCAGCACCAAGGCGCCGUUCGAGUGCGAGACGUGCGGCAAAGACUUCCACCAGCAGGCGGCGCUGUUCUCCCACCGGCUGCAGCACCAUCACCGCGAGCAGAAAGCGCCGGCGGUCGUCGCCUCUCCGCCGCCGGCUGCGGCCGCCACGAAAAUGCACAAGUGCAAGUUCUGCGAGUACGAAACGGCCGAGCAGGGACUGCUGAACCGCCACCUGCUGGCCGUCCACAGCAAGAGCUUUCCGCACAUCUGCGUGGAGUGCGGGAAGGGCUUCCGUCAUCCGUCGGAACUGAAGAAGCACAUGCGGACGCACACCGGCGAGAAGCCGUACUCCUGCAUGUACUGCGACUACAAGUCGGCGGACUCGUCCAACCUGAAGACGCACGUGAAGACAAAGCACAGCCGCGAGCUGCCGUUCCGCUGCGAGCGCUGCGGCCAGACCUUCAGCGAGGAGGAGGAGCUGACGCAGCACUCGGCCACUCACGAGGAAGGCCGCGGCAACCACCAGUGCGUCCACUGCGACCACCGAAGCUCCAACUCCAGCGACCUGAAGCGGCACGUCAUCUCGGUGCACACUAAAGACUAUCCGCACAAGUGCGCCGUGUGCGGGAAGGGCUUCCAUCGUCCGUCGGAGCUGAAGAAGCAUUCGGCGUCGCACAAGGCGAAAAAGAUGCACCAGUGCCGCCACUGCAGCUUCAAGAUCGCCGAUCCGUUCGUACUCAGUCGCCACAUUCUGUCCGUUCACACUAAGGAACAGCAGCAGCAAGAGGAGCAGGAACAGGAACAGGAGCAAGAAUCGCCGCCGCAGUCACCGGAACAGGAACCCCCACCUCCACCGUCUCAACCGCAACCACAACCCCAGCAGCAGCAGCAACAGCCUUCAGUACAAACCCCUCCACCAUCGGCGCCGCCGCAGGAGAAAAGCAGCACCCCCAAGAGGACUAUAGGUGCGGCGCAGCUGGCGCUGGGCGGGGCAGCCAUGAUUAAGAAGGUGGUGGGCGGGAAGGGUCCGCGGGAACGGCGGGUUUAUCAGUGUCAAUACUGUGACUACAGCACUGGAGAUGCUUCCGGCUUCAAAAGACACGUCAUCUCCAUCCACACCAAGGACUACCCCCACCGCUGCCAGUUCUGCUCCAAGGGCUUCCGGAGGCCCUCCGAGAAGAACCAGCACAUCAUGCGUCACCACAAAGACAUGGCGCCGGCCGAGUGAAGCCGGACUUAACCCUUAUCCUAAACCCAAAACCCUAAACCUAAACUUAAUCCCCUUACCUUACGCCUACUUUACCUGCACAUAUCGAUUAUCCUCUCUCUCGUCCCCUCGCGUCCUCACCUUCUCGCAACCUCGGCCGUGCCUCCAGAAUCCUCACCACUCGCUUCCAUUUCCACGCUACGUCGCCAAUGACUCACUAGUGACAUCACUCACAACUCGUGGCAAACCUUGUUCACUUGUGCAAUGGGUUGUAUGGUAACUUUAUCGGACGAGGGUUUGGCGCAAAAUUUUAAUUUGCGUCCCCGAAAUUAGCAGAGUAUUCUGUCCAAUAGAAUUUAGUAGAUUUACGCUAAAUAUGUCCAAAAGAUGUUUGAGGACACUCUUUCUAAUGAAUCUUACCUAACACUAGGGUUGCAACGAUUGGUCGAUAUAAUUGACCGUAUCACUGUCGAUUAUAAAAAUUAGCCGAUUCCAAAAAUGUUAAUUGGCGACUAUUCGUCAAUUAGUAGCACUACUUAAAAAAAGUACUGGGAACAGAAACACAAUGGAAGGUUUGCGUCUCCAAAAGUGACCAAUCACAACAGAUUUACGCAUUUACAUACGUAAAUAUAUAUCAGCACUUUCCACUUUCCAUUUAAAGAACAAUGUUCUGAACAUCUGAAAAAUGCUAAAAACCAACGUUCAGAUGUUUCAAUCAAUUGGAAGCAAAGAGCUAGAAAUCGCCAACUAAUCGACUAAUCGCAAAAAAUAAUCGUUCGAUUAGUCGACUACUAGCAGCCCACCCACUGCUGACAACAGACGUGCAAAUGCACACACACAGUGUGUCUAAUCCCUCUAAGAACGUAUCGUCAAAAUACUUUUUUUGUAUUGGAUGUCGUGGGGAUGUCCAGAAAGUCUAGAAUCUAGUAGCAGGUCUUUUCUGGACAGUAGAGAAACAGUUACUCCAACAAAAAGCAGGAUAAACUCUAUUUUUGAAUUCCCUUAAUUUCAGAAGAAACAGUGUCCUAACACUUUUGUACACUUAGCGUAUCUUUACAACAUAUCAUGGUUUUUUUAACAAUACCAAUAAAUCAAACUGUAAUAUAUCACGUUUUUUACUUUGGAGCUAGGAUGCUAAUGCAGCUAGCUAGCAGAAUUAGCAUCAUGCAUGUCUAAAUCACCGCUAGACCUGAUUAGCAUGUGGUUCUUCACUCUGUAUUGUCUGGAACCCUCACUAGAUAACACCUGCCACCCUAAAACCCAUACGAUGUGCAUCAGCUUGGUAUUAACUGCCAUUCUUUUUGUUAGCUGCAUUAGCGUCGUAGCUCCAGUGCUAAUUAGUGAAAUAUUUACAGUACCAGUAUACAGUAGUAGUUUGGACACAUCUUAAAUUCAGUGUUUUUAUUUCAUUAUUUUAAAAUGUUCUGUAUUGUAGAUUAAAACUAAACUCAUCCAAACUAUGAAGAAAAAUAUAUUUAGUAAACCAGAAAAUGUUUUAUAUUUUAAGGCGUGUCCAAACUUAAACUAACGAAUCACUAAAGUGGAUCAGCUACAUUUUGGGGACGGUAAAUUUAGAUUUUUUGCCAAACGAUUCCUUUAUAAAACCCUCCUGUUAUGUUGUAAGGAAAGUCGACCCUUUUCACUUUUAAAUUUUUUAGAUUUAUUCAUUUUUGGAUCCUGAAAGGUCAGUUUAACAUUUAUUAAUUAGGUUUUCUGACUUUUAGAGGCUAAAUGCAAAAAUAGAAAGUUGGAUUUAAAAACUUAAAAAAAUUAGUUAUUUCACCUCUGCCUCUCACAAUCGGAAUUUUAGGAGAAUUGAAAAAAAAAAAAGAUCUUUUCUUCAUUUUUUUAUUUUUCUAUUUUUGCAUUUUGCAAGUUGGAUUAUACCAUCAGAUUUGUGUUACAAAAUACAAAAAUGGACAAAUCUGAAGAUUAAGAAAAUAUUCAACUUUUAACUUUUUUUAAAUUCUGUUUGCGAAAGGCUGAAAUGAAAAACUAAAAAAUGGAUUGAAAUCUUUACCAUACUGAAUGAAAAAAAAAGAAUAAAUGAUUACGUUUUUUACUAAAUUUUCUAUUUUUAAAUUUAGCCUGAUAUAGUCAAAAAAUUAAACUGCUAAAUGUUACCAUUUAAAAUGUAUCUAGGCUUAAUUAACUUUAAAUUAUUUAAAUAUAAAAUGACUAAUUUAUUGUGUUUAUAAUAUGUUUAUUAAUUAAUAUAUGUUUAUAUUAUAUGCACAUACUGUUCUGGUUCUAUUUAAUCCUGUUAUUAUAGAAUUAUACAAUUUAUUCCAAAACUGGGAACAUGUUUUUAUUGUAUUGUGAUUAUAAUACAUAAACUUAUAUUCGCAAAUAUUCGGCAAUCAAUGCAAAUAAUUUUUACCGAAAAAUUGCUAUUUUUCGCACUAUAAGGCGCAUCAGAUUUUAUGGCGCAUUUUAUGCGACACUAGUAAGGAACAGGGUUGUCGCCAUGUUUUCCUUUUAAAUUCAGCAGAAGCUAAGCUAAGUAAACAAAACUUUAAUAAAAAAUUAUAUUUUUAAAUAAUCUACACAGAAUUAUUUCCUAAAAACUAUUUAUUUGGGUGAAUAAAGCACUUCCAUUUAUUUACAGUAAGCUUAAAUUUACAGAUUUCUACUAAGGCUGGGUGCAGCAGCAUUAACAUAAGCAGCUAACCACUAUAACCACUAGCGCUAGCCUCACCUCUGAACGGCCAUAGAGCUAGCGCUUAGCGUGGUUAGCAGCUAAUCCUAAGGCUAAUGCUCCAGCAGUGGUAGUUAGGGUUAGAAGCUGCUCCAGUCUUGGUGCUGGAGAACUAAACUGAAACUCCUAUAAUAUAAGUUUUCUUGUUUUGGAAAAAAAAAUUAAGGAUUUUAAGUGCGCCUUAUAGUGCGAAAAAUACGUUAAUUAUUUUUAAAUUAAAAAUUAAACUACAAUUCUGCUAUGUAUUUUAUAAAAUUAUGAACAAUUUCAAAAUGAAUAAAAAAUCUACUGGAAAAAAAAACAUUUUUGAUAUUUGGUCAAAAAAUUAUCGUAAAAAAAAGUAAGGGUCAACUGGACCACGGAAACAAAAAUACUGAUUUUUCAUAAAAAGCAACGUAACAGGAGGGUUAUGGAGGUUAUGUUGUGCAUAACAGUGUGUGUGUGUGUGUGUGUGUGUGUGUGUGUGUGUGUGUGUGUGUUUGUAUAUAUGUUUAUGUGUGUUAUGUAAUGGGCCGACUGUUUUCUCGCAGGGUUUCAGUCUCCGUUACGAACUUUUCUGUUUUUUUAUCGUAUCGGAAAUCAGUGUGUGAACUCCGGAUGUCGGACGUUAAUUUAAGGUGCCAUGCUUUUUUAGAGCUACAGAUAAAGUAGGACAGUUCUCACGCAAAGUUCUCACGCAAAGUUCUUACGCAAAGUUCUCAUGCAAAGUUUUCACGCAAAGUUCUCACGCUUAGGUUAGAACUAAACCUGGAGUGCAGCGACUGCAGGAAGCACCACUACAUCAGACCAAAACAAAUGCUAAGCUACUACAGCUGUUAGCAUCGGGGCUAACCUGCUCCAAACAUCCCUGCCCAAGCUAACGAUCCCUAACGAUUAGCAUCACAGACAUUCCACUCGCUAACGUGUCUACUAGCAUUAAGGCUCCCAUGCCGCAGAGGUCAGCAUUAGGUUAGCAUUGUGGCUAACCGGCUUUGAACCUUCUGAUCUUGGUUUCUGAGUCUGUUAGCAUCCUGGCUUCAAUAUCAGCCACCAUAAACCCAUACAAUGCUAACAGGUUGGGUGUUUACUUAGCAUAUUAGCCCCCGUGCUAAUUAUUGAUCUAUGUACAUUCUUUGCUUCUAAGCAACGUUAAGCAAUGCUAAUAAUUGAAGUAUAUACUUCUCUAGCAUUUUAGCAACAUUAGCCUUGUAGCUCCUAUGCUAAAUAUAUACUUCUCUUACAUUUUAGCAACAUUAGUCUCAUAGUUCCAAUGCUAAUGCAUGACAUUUUUAUAGCUUCAAUAUAUUAGCUUCAGUGCUAAUUAGUGAAGUAUAUAAUUCCUUAACAUCUAAUCAACCUUUGUCUUUUAGCUUCAAUGCUAAUAUGAAAAAUGAUUUAGUUCUCUAAGGUUUUAGCAACAUUACCUUGUCACUCCAAUUCUAACUGGUGAAGUAUAUACUUCUCUAAUGUUUUAGCAACGUUAGCCUUGUAGCUCCAGUGCUAAUUAGUGAACUAUAUACUUCUCUAACAUCUUAUAAACGUUAGCCUUGAAGCUCCAGUCUGUUGGCAUUCUACAUCACUGUUCUGACACUGUUCUGAAGUCCACAUGUUAGCGUAGCAGCCGAUUGUGGCUACAGUUUUGCUAAGUUUGGCUGUUAGCAUCAUGGCUAAUCUGCUUCAAACCUGUGGGCACUGGCUGUUGUUGUUCCUGGUAGCAUAUCAGCUCCAUCCUUGAAUUCCUGAGUCUGGCUGUUAGCAUUGAGGCUAAUCAGCUCUAAAUUUAAACCUUUCUAAGUCUGGGUAUUAGCAUCUCGGCUAACCCUGACCAAUCAUGCCAAGCCUGGCUGUUAGCAUUGCGGCUAUCCUGCUAUGUUCAAGGUUUCCAACCUUUUGAUUAUCGAUCAGCCAGCAUAAAUAAAAUAAAAUAAUUUUAUGUUUUAAUGAUUUAUGUCGUAUUACGUUUGUUUUUACCCUGUUUAGCGCCGUGUGGAGGAAAGCUAGCCGGUUGCAGCGAACUGUCCUACUUUAUCAGUUUUAAACUCCUCAGCCUUAAACCUCACUCACGCCGCCUUGUUCAGAGGACUCUUAUUCUGUAUUUCCAGCAGCAGUGUUUCUCAAUCCUGACUCAAAACUGUAUUAAAAUCGUCGUUUAGCCAAAAUUGUUGCAACAAACAAGAGAAAACGACCAUAAGUUGUUAGCAUUCUGUUUAAUACGUGUUGUUAUUAGCCCUGGUUCAUCGUUAGCCAUGUUAGCAUGCUAAAUUUAGCAAAUUUACCCCUUUAAUGUGCACAUUUUAUUUGUAUCUGCUUUGAAAAUCGGCAGGAUUGAAAAUCACUGCCCUUAUAAACUGUUUUUCAGAGCUACUACUGCUAAUCAGAUACUUUUAGCACUUUUAUUUGUUUGUUUUGUUUGUUUCGUGCUAGCCGUUCCAGAAGUCGAGGCCUGUUUAGUGUUUAACUUCGAAGUUUUAAGAUCUUGUUUACCCAUGAUGCUUUGUGUUGAAUAUAUAUGUACGCUCUGUGUUUUAUUUUUUUUUACGGUUAGUGGCUAGCAGCUAGCAAUGUGGAUAAAAAGGCAGCAUCCGUUAUUGCUAAGCUAACGUUGCUAAUACUGUAUGGAAGCUACAGUGUUGUUAGCUUAGCCUUCUUUUAAACUUUUUGUCUCAGAAAUAUAAUAGUUUUUGUUAGGAUUUUUUCUUAUGUUUAUGAUUUCAAAUUAUAUGUCUUUUUUUUCUAAUCAUUUUACAUUUUUGAUUAGAUCUAUUGAUUAGGUUUGAUUAGAUUCAAUGUCUUAAGUUAUUGAUCCCAAGAGAUUUUUACGUCUCUCAGCAGUAAAAACACAACAAAACCAAGUGAUGUACAAAAGUAAUAAAAUUAUUAACACAGAGGUAUUAAACACUAUAAACGUUAAUACAGUGUAAUAUAAAUAUACACAGUCAAUGCAGGAAAAUUGGGAACAGAAAUACACAGUGAAAUUCUAACAGUAAAAAUAACUAAAUUCACUUUAAAAUUAUAACAGUAAAAAUAACUAAGAAUAGGAACAUUUUAACAGUAAAAAUAACAAAAAAAAAGUGAAAUUUUAACAGUAAAAAUAAAUAAAAACAUUAAAAUGUUAAGAAUAAAAAAACUACAAAUAGUGAAACUAUAACAGUAAAAGUAACUAAAAAUUGUAAAAUUAAAACAAUAAAAAUAACUAAAAACAAUGAAAGUAUAAUACUGUGGAAAACAUAAAUCUGCAAUAAAGGUAUAGUACAGUAACAUUUUAAUACAUGUUUAAAAAUAGAAUAAACUAGAAUAAAAUAGUCAAAUUUGAAGCAAAAUUCCACAAUAAAAGUAAAAUAACAGUAAAAUAAAAUAGACUAUAAUAUAACAUUAACAAAUAAUGUGAAGUAAAUUGGAUAUAAUUCGUUUUUGUUUUUUGUAUGAGUAUAAUAUGGUUAAAAAAUUACAUACACUGUAUUAAUGUGAAAACAUUAAAACAUGUAGUCAUGUUAAUAUUUAUUAUACUGUAAACUUUAAAUUACAAAGUAACAUUUAAUGCAGUUGAAUUUUAAGUACUUUGUUAAUUAAUAAUUAAUUAAUUAAUUAAUUAAAAACAAUAAAUACUUUUAUUAUAGUGUCUUGUUCCAGAAGUGCUGCAUGGGAUUUCUCAGCAAAGCAUCAUGGGUAAUUGAGUCUAGAGAAUCUUCCGGAGUAUUUCUGUUGUAGUUCAUUUUAUUUUAUUUCAUUUUAUUUCAUUUUCAUUUUAAUUUUAAUUGUAAUUUUUUUGUGCACUUGGGAGUGACGCACUGCAUCAGAGAUUAACUCUACUAUGGUGCCAAACACACUUGCGGUGUGUGUAGAGUGUGUGUAGAGUGUUUGUAGAGUUUGUGUAGAGUGUGUGUAGAGUUUGUGUGUGUGUAUGUGUGUUAUGACCUCAGUAUCAUAAACACUAGUUCAUCUUAUGCAACAGUAUCGACUCACAUUAUAUACUGAAACCAACCACCCAUCACAUAGUGUGUGUGUGUGUAAGUGUGUGUGUGUAAGUGUGUGUGUAAGUGUGUGUGUGUGUGAUGCCACGCUUGAUGCCCGCGUUCCGUUUUCCACUGAUGCCCCUGUUAAACGUGGUCCUGAUGCCAGCUGGCUGGUUGUUGUGUUUGAGUUAUAAAGGGAUAGCAUGGCUAAUACGCUAAUAUGCUAAAUUAUAAUAUUAAUAUUAUUUAUAAUAUUAAUUAUAAAUGGAAAAUUCUGUUUCUUGCUGGCCAUGACAGCAGGUAUCACUAAUGUUCCCUUUCUAGUGAGUGUUUAAGUACAUAUAUAUAUAAAUAUAUGUGAGUGUUUUAAGAGAUGGCACGGUUAAACAUGCUAAUUAUGCUAAAUAUGCUAAACAUGCUAACUUUAAAUGGAAAUUUCCAUUUGUUUUGCAAGGCAGGUUAGCACUAACGUUCCCUUUUAAGUGAGUUUAGUGAGUUAAGUAAGUGUGUAUAUAAGUGUAUGUUCUAAAGGAAUAGCACUAUUACCCCUAUUAUCGGCCACUUAUGCCUAUUGCGCAAUUUCCUUUCCACCAAUCACGUUAAGGAAACUCAAAACACGUCAGCUCGUGCCUUAAGGCCAAUUUAUACUUCUAUGUCGAAUUUAAACUUUAUCGUUGUCUUCAAACUGCCGAGCGUUGCAGAGUUGAGUUGAGGACGCACCAAUACAGAAAUAUAAGCUGCAUAGGGCGCUCGCACAGGCUGCGCAAUAAACAACAUAUUGAAUCGACGAAGAAUUAUGAACCAGCCUUUAAACUAACACUUAAAACUUUAUUUCUCAAGCAAUUACAUCAAAAACAAUACUUUAGCAUUGUUAACAAUAGUAUAAUUCUUUGCGUAAAAACUGUGUAGAGCAUGUACUGUAUUUCAGUAGCGUCACAACAAUUUUUUUGUGAUUUUUAACGUUGUGCACUUCUUACGAUGCCUCAUCAUAGUGCGCUCGCACAGACUACGCAAUAAACAAUGCAUUAACUCAACAUAAAAUUAUAAACCAGCCUUAAAACGAACACUUAAACUUUAUUCUUUAAAUACAAAUCGUCACAAAACAACAUUUUAGUAUAGUUAACAAUGCUGUAAUUCUUUGCGUAAAAACUGUGUAGAGCGUGCACUGCAUUUCUGUAGCGUCACAACAAUUUCUUGAUUUUUAACGUUGUGCACUUCUUAGAAUGCCUAAUCCUAAGUGCACAAGAGUGUCGCCAUGUUAUCCUGACAUAAUUAGAGUACGGAAGCCCUCACAGGACACGGUAAAGAGUAUUGGGUUGAGUAAAGUGCUUAAAACUUCCAGUAUUUCCAGUAUUUUGUUUGAAGUGGUCGAUAAUAGGGGUUAUUUUACGCUAACUUGUCAUAUUAGCUUGUUUUGCUAACGUUCCAUUUUAAGUAAAUGUGUGAGUGUGUUUUUAUGUUUUAAAGGGAUAGCAUAGCUAAAAAUGCUAAUUUUGCUAUGAAAAUGAAUGGAAAUUUGUAUUUGUUGUUAGCUUUGUUAGCAGGUUCAGUAACAACUUUCCCUUUCGAGUGAAUGAGAGAAUGUGUGUGUAAUAUAUAUGUGUGUGUGUAAAAUAUAUAUGUGUGUGUGUGUUAGUGGGGGAGAUUGUAGCACAUACAUGAACACACUCCAUAUGCGUAAUAGAAAAUCUAGAGGUGGGCGACAUGGCGGAAAAAUAUAUUGCGAUAUUUAACUUUAUUUAAACUUUUUUAAUACUGUAUAAAAAUUUUAAAAAUAUAGUUUGUUUUUAUCUGUUUUUUUUUUUAUUUAUUUCUCUAAUACUUAUGAUUUGAUUAUGGAUAAAAAGCAAUUGAAUCCAAUUGAACAGCAAUUUUUUUUUAUUAUAAUAUAUAAAUUACAUAUAUCAUCAAUUUCACAAAAGAAAAAUCACAAUUGUUGCAUCUACUACAGAGUUUAUUCCAAGUAAUUUUAAAGCAUUUCUAUUGGUAUAUUUAACAUAAAAUUCUCAUACAAAAAAUACAAAUACAUAUAACUCCAAGGCUAGACCCAUUUUUAACCAUAUUUAAAGGGAAAAAAGAUAAAAAUAAAGAGAAAAUAUAUCAGCAAUAUAUUAUACAUGUAUAUUAUUAUACAGAUAUCAGCAAUAUUUCUCCGUAUCGCCCACCUUAACCAGAUUUCUCCAGGUCUGAUGGCACUUUGAGGAGCACGACUCGAGGAGCUGUGGGUAUUUUAGGGGCGGUUCCCUUCAAACCGUCCAAUCACAGCGCUGUGGUAACCAGCCUCUGCGAUGUGAUUGGAUAAGAAGAGCACUGAGUUACCGAGACGCCGCCGGUGGAGACCAAGCCGUCCGUCUCCAUUCGAUCUACGUCAUUCCUGACCCCGCCCCCUGCACAGCCCCGCCCCUGCUUAGCCCCGCCCCUGGCCCCGCCCCCGGUGGUAAUUUUAUAGUAAGAUUAUUUAUUUGUCGGCGUUUGAACUCUGUUGUAUAGUUGCGUGGGACUGUAACUUAUUGUUUUGUACACAUUUCUGUAAAGAGAGAACCGAGAUGUAAAACUUCUGAGCAGAACUCUGUGUUGUCCUGGUGUAACUUUACAUUUCUUUAAAAAAAAAUGAGUUAAAAAGGAAAUAAAAGGCAAAGUAUUUUCCUGCA